AUCAACUAUUGGUCGGCGGUGAAACACUCACUAUUUGGGAACAAGCUGUAUCACAUAAUCAAGAAACUCCCGUAAAAUGGUCAAAAUUAUGGGAACAAAGGGUCUCCUCAAAAACCGUACUUGCACAAUUUUCACCGGAUUCUACAUUAUUUGCUUCUAUGAGCGAUAACGAUAGGUUGGUGAAAAUUUGGUGGGAUCCUCAUAAUAGCGAGACGAAAGAUCGAGAAUAUGCAUUUAAUUACUUACCACAUCCAAGAGCCGUGACAAAUUUUACAUGGCGAAAAUGUUCAUCUGAACAAAAAAAUGCCGUAGGUUCUAAUAUUCUUAUAACAAUGUGUAAAGAUGGAAUCUGUCGAAUCUGGGCAUCAACAAAUCCUGAUGAGCCACAGUAUCUCUAUAUAUCAACAGUGGUUGAUCCAUCACAAUCACUAGUAACACUCCAAUCAUUGGAAGAAGAAACAAACAAUGAAGAUCCUAAUAUUUUUACAUCAAUACAUUGGAUUGAUUCAAAAGAAUUUUUAAACGCACUUAGAUCAAGUAUUGAAGCGUUUGAUGGAAAUAUAGAUGAUUCUAUUUGUGGGAAUGGAUUAAGGAAAUUGAGGAAUUUGGCGAAUGAUACUCCUGAUUUGUUAUAUCAGGUUCAAAGAGAUGGAUCGAUGGUUAUUUGGGGAAUACGCAAUGUUUACUGUAGACCACGACGGAUUCCGAAAGUUCUCGUAUUGCUACGUUUGGCUCAAGCACUUCCUAUGUCAGAUGUAGAAUAUUUCUGUGGAAAAACGUAUACUUUUCAUGAUAAUACACCUAUAGAUGGUUUAAAAUCUUCAGUAGAACUUACCGUAAUCGCACAAAGUCCACAAGGUCGAUUGAAUAAAUAUUCAAUUAGAUUGGUUGAUGUAUUUGAUAAUUUAUCAUCAAAUAUGCCAAUACAACUUAAGUAUUCAUGGACAGGUCAUCGUAGUGACAUUAUAAGCAUGAAAAAAACUUCCGUAGAAGAUACAUUUGUAUCGUUUGCGAAAGGUGGAGAGACAAUUUUAUGGAAGAUUGUUGUGCCAAAUGUUGAUCAAUCUGACAAACGAAUUGGCCCAAGUAUUACUGAAAAAUUUCCUAUUAAAAUGGAUUUUCGAAUCAAGCUUUUUUGUGUUAUUCCACAUGAGAAUUUUGUGGUUUAUGACGGAACUCGAAUCGUUGUGUUUUCUCAUACAAAAAAUGGCCACUUUGUUCAAAUAGCAAUUCUUGAAGACUAUGAUCCAUCCUUUGAGCUAAUUUUGUUAUUUAAUUUUCAACACGUGACAUUAUCUUCGACAAUUUAUAUUGCUGGAGUUAGUUGCAAAGAGAAUACUGUUUUCUUGUGGAAACUUACAUAUAACGAUUCAGCCACAACAUUUCAACAGAUAGUGUUUAUUUCUAAGAUGUCACUUCAAUUAAGUUUCAAAAUUGCAAUAGCAGUGCCAGUUGAACAAUGGCCAGGAUCAAAUGUAAGAAACUACGUGUCUCAAGACCGAUACCACCCAGUUUUGGCAACUUUUAGUUCCGAAGAUGGAUACAUUAGGUAUUGGCAAUGUAAUUUGGAUAAGAACUCUGGUCUGCAAUCUCAGAUAACAGGAAAUAUUUGGGCAGAGGAAGUAAAGUUUUUUGUUGGAGGAGAACCGAAAGUUAUUAAAUGUGGACCCCAAGGGAAGAUUGCUGUUG